AUGAGCUUGAUGCUUUUACCUUACUACCAGUUGCUGAAGACCCACCAAAGUACCGCAUCCGAACAACAUCAGCCAAGGUUCGGCCCCACCCGCCCAUCCAGGUUCAUCAGAGUCACACGGCUGUCCGUCUCCGGCCUGCCUAGACCCUUAACCAUCGCCUGGAUUUCCCUUUCCACUGCAAUCAUGUCUUCCACUGGCGCUGUUUACAAUGGCGGUCACAGAACUUCCGCUGCACCACCGACAGCCCCGCCUACGGUCCCGAUCCCAGCUCCGACACCGACACCGGCCCCACAGGUUGCACGACCCGCAAUUCCCGUAUCGUCGGACUCGGCAUAUUCCAUCAAGCGAUACGUUGAUACUCCGACUGCUUCGGACCGCCAAAUCCGGGCCCCACUUUUCAGCAGCCCUUUACCGUCCCCGUCGCCUGAAGAAGCAGAGCUGGCUGGAAAGGCUCGCAUGGAGGCUUUGUUGAAGGAAAUCUACCCUCAUCGUCCUAAGUGGUCGGAUUGA